AUGUCGGGGUCCUACGAUGAAUCUGCUGCUGCUGCUGACGACGCUAUGGACAGCUUUUGGGAGGUACUUCAGAAACACCAUCCAGACUGUUCUUCUGGGCUAUGAAGGAGAACCUAUAGGCCUUUAUCAGCCAAGUCACACACAACAAUCCCUCUUUAGGAGACAUUAAACAUAGGCAUGACUGGCCACCAUCUUCCUCUCUCUGUUUGAAAAGGUUCUUGACAACAGAAAACAAACAUGAAACAAUAGGUAAUUUAAUUUCUGCAAAGAUCCAUAGGAAUAUGGUUGGUUAUUCCAAUGCGUUGAUGUUGUUGUUGCACAGAAAAUAUCCAAUUAGUGCUAAUUAAUUCACUGUACACAGAGACCCUUUUGUGUCAUCGUAGGAGGAGGAUCACUGAGACACAGACAGACAGAGCCUCUCAGUUAGAAGCAGCACUGAGGGAGCCAUUCAGCCCACAUGCACCUGCCCUGUAUAGAUCUCUAUACGGCCAAGAAAGCCCUGGCCACAGCAUAGUGAAUAGCAUAAUGACUCUCACAGGGCUAGAUGUUUUGUUUUAAUAUGAAAAGCACAUAUCUGACAGAAAACACACAAAAUACAAAUCUGUAUAUCAUCUAUAUACUGUCAACUCUGCUCAAAAGAGAAUUUGUUUUUAAUCUUACUUAGAGGAUGUAUUUGCUACAGACACUGUUGAUAACCUGAAGUGGAGAACUCAGGUGUGUGUGUGUCAGGUUGUUGUUGUGGCAAUCAGAUGCAAAGCCUGUACCCUGUACCCCACACCUGUCCCACCCAGCCCAGGGCCCAUCCUGUCUGAGUGGACAGAGUAGUCUGUGACUGUGGGCUGCAUUCCUGUCUGCAUUCCUGUCCUGUCAGUGUCCUAUCCCUGAUAAUCUGUCUGCCUGCAUUAGAGCAGAGUACAGGAUUAUAGCAGUCACAGUGCACGAGCACACACACAGACAUGCGCACGCACACACAGGGACAAACACACAUACAUGCACACACACACACACAGAGCACACACACGCUCACACAAAGCCGCUGCCAUUGCAUAACUACACAUGCACAGGCACGAGCCAACCCCCCCCGUCCCCCCCCCCCGUCCCCCCGUCCCCCGUCCCGUCCCGUCCCGUCCCCGGCCCCCCCCGUCAUGCACCAUGAGCUCACGCCACCUGCAGGCACUGGGGGGGAGGGGACUCAGAUCUCUGUACUGCCUAUAAUAAAGUCCUACUCCAGUCUCCCUUUCACCUCAUUUAAGACCUGAUUUACUUAACAAAAGGCACAUCUCAAAAGGUGGUCCAGGUAUCCUCAUAACAUGACACAAGUAGGGGGGUGGGCCUUUCCUCUUUUGAUCUCUAUUGCUUCUCUAUUGUUCCUCAAGCAAAGGGGGAGGCCGAUGAUGUCAUAAAGUCACCAUCAGACCAACUCCUAGAAUGGCCUACUCCUUGAAAUUUGCAGGUGUCUAAAAAACACUAUUUUGUUCAAAACACAUUUUUUACCCUUUAGUGUGUGUACUUUACUGUAAGUAUUCUUGGGAUAUCACAUUUCAGCAGGAAUAGUUCCAAAAUCACUGGAUGACGUCUUUAAGGUGGCAUCUCUUAAGGUGGCAUCUCUUAAGGUAGUAUGAGAAUGAUGAAUGUUACUCAAAGGUAUUAGUAGAUAAUAUAUCAUUUUCAUCACUAAGUCAGAGUUGUAGUAUUUUACUCCAUUUUACUCCUUUUCUAAUUUGACUCGCUCAAGAGAGAUUAGUUAUUUCCAUUUUAAAAUAUCUUAGUGGUCUUAGAGAUUUGGCAUAUUGCUCUGCACAUUAUUUUUUAUUUUUUUGUGCAAAUGAAUGCAUCCUCAUCCGCAAUCAUUGAUACCAGUAUGUAAAUUGUGUUUUCCUAUUUUAUGUGACUUGGACCUUUAGUCAAACCUCUCACUAUUCUCAGGUGGGGAACUACAAGCGUGCCGUCAAGAGGAUUGACGACGGCCACCGGCUCUGCAAUGACCUCAUGGGCUGCCUUCAGGAACGUGCCAAGAUUGAGAAGGCCUAUGGUGACCAGCUGACCGCCUGGUCCAAGAGAUGGAGACAGCUGGUCGAGAAAGGUCAGUAUCGGGAUUGGAGGGGUUCAAUCAAUGAACCAAACCUUACUGUGUAGAUUAGAAGCUACUCAUAUGGUGGCUUUUAUUGCAGUCUGUUUUGAGGUCUUCAUCCCAUGUUAAAUUAAUUUGAUUCAACUCACUGCUCAGCCUGUAUUGUGAGUGUUUUCUUUAAAAUGACACCAAUCAUAUUUUCUGACACCUAUAUGUUUUGAUUGAAUGUAAGUAGCCUUGCACAAGCCGGAACAGCUCAUUGGAGCAGAAGCCUAUUUCCUGUUUCUGUAGCAUGAGGCAGCUUGAUGUACAAGUACACCCCCUGGAGAGGAUGUUAGUCUAUCGCAGUGCCUUACCCCUAAUCUAUCUCCUUAAUGCUGAGUGCCAAGCAGAGGCGCAUUGAGUCUAAUUUUUACAGUCUUUGGUAUGACUUGGUCAGGGAUCAAACUCCCAACCUUCCAAUCUCAGGGCGGACACUCAGUUGGUCACAUUCAUAUUUUCCAUCAUAUUUUUCUGCCACCUAUGUGGUUUGAUUGAAUGUUCCCAUGUGAUAUUCUCUAACCCCAGGACCCCAGUAUGGCACUGUGGAGAGGGCGUGGCUGGGUGUGAUGACCGAGGCUGAGAAGGUGAGUGAGCUGCACCAGGAGGUGAAGAACGGCCUGCUCAACGAAGACCUGGAGAAGGUGAAGAACUGGCAGAAGGAGGCCUACCACAAGCAGAUGAUCGGAGGCUUCAAGGAGGCCAAAGAGGCCGACGAGGGCUUCAAGAAGGCCCAGAAACCAUGGGCCAAGAAGCUCAAAGAGGUAAGUUGACUGGAAGGGUUAGGAAAGGGGAUCUGUUGUAUCCUCCAUGUGUACUUGCAUUGGUAACAGGAAAACCACUUUAUUCUUAAAUUCAAUACAGGGCACAAUGUGUACAAUAGAGUGACUAUAUUUGAUAUGUGGGUAGGCAUUUGAUGCACUUGACUGUCUUCAUGACUGACCUCUGAGACCACAACUGGUUGAUAUGUUGAUUAGUUCAUUUGGCUGUGCAUCAGUCUGCACUCUUAGAAAAAGGGUUCCAGAAGGGUUCUUCGGCUGUCCCCAUAGGAGCCAGGUAGAACCCUUUUGGGUUCCAUGUAGAACCCUCUGUAGAAAGGGUUCUACAUGGAACCCAAAAGGGUUCUACCUUAAAGGGUUCUUCAAAUGGUUCUUCUAUGGGGACAGCCGAAGAACCCUUUAAGGUUCUAGAUAGCUCCUUUUUUUCUAAGAGUGUGUCUGGCUACAAAGGUACUGCAUGGGUGUAGGAUAGGUGACGCACACUACACAGUGGUCCUUGGACUGGGACCCACUGGAAUCCGACCUAAUAGGGUUUACAGAGGCCAUCUUCAAGACAAUGGCCAUUUGACCUACAUCUGAGUCAACAUACAAGUUGCUCUGCCAAACAGCUAGGUACUAUAGCUAUUGGCAUACAGUGAGGGAAAAAAGUAUUUGAUCCCCUGCUGAUUUUGUACGUUUGCCCACUGACAAAGAAAUGAUCAGUCUAUAAUUUUAAUGGUAGGUUUAUUUGAACAGUGAGAGACAGAAUAACAACAAAAAAAUCCAGAAAAACGCAUGUCAAAAAUUUUAUAAAUUGAUUUGCAUUUUAAUGAGGGAAAUAAGUAUUUGACCCCCUCUCAAUCAGAAAGAUUUCUGGCUCCCAGGUGUCUUUUAUACAGGUAAGGAGCUGAGAUUAGGAGCACACUCUUAAAGGGAGUGCUCCUAAUCUCAGUUUGUUACCUGUAUAAAAGACACCUGUCCACAGAAGCAAUCAAUAAAUCAGAUUCCAAACUCUCCACUAUGGCCAAGACCACAGAGCUUUCCAAGGAUGUCAGGGACAAGAUUGUAGACCUACACAAGGCUGGAAUGGGCUACAAGACCAUCGCGAAGCAGCUUGGUAAGAAGGUGACAACAGUUGGUGCGAUUAUUCGCAAAUGGAAGAAACACAACAUAACUGUCAGUCUCCCUCGGCCUGGGGCUCCAUGCAAGAUCUCACCUCGUGGAGUUGCAAUGAUCAUGAGAAUGGUGAGGAAUCAGCCCAAUGAACAUCUGAAUGAUUCAGAGGAGAACUGGGUGAAAGUGUUGUGGUCAGAUGAGACCAAAAUCGAGCUCUUUGGCAUCAACUCAACUCGCCGUGUUUGGAGGAGGAGGAAUGCUGCUUAUGACCCCAAGAACACCAUCCCCACCGUCAAACAUGGAGGUGGAAUCAUUAUGCUUUGGGGGUAUUUUUCUGCUAAGGGGACAGGACAACUUCACCGCAUCAAAGGGACGAUGGACGGGGCCAUGUAUCAUCAAAUCUUGGGUGAGAACCUCCUUCCCUCAGCCAGGGCAUUGAAAAUGGGUCGUGGAUGGGUAUUCCAGCAUGACAAUGACCCAAAACACACGGCCAAGGCAACAAAGGAGUGGCUCAAGAAGAAGCGCAUUAAUGUCCUGAAGUGGCCUAGCCAGUCUCCAGACCUUAAUCCUAUAGAAUAUCUGUGGAGGGAGCUGAAGGUUCGAGUUGCCAAACGUCAGCCUCGAAACCUUAAUGACUUGGAGAAGAUCUGCAAAGAGGAGUGGAACAAAAUCCCUCCUGAGAUGUGUGCAAACCUGGUGGCCAACUACAAGAAACGUCUGACCUCUGUGAUUGCCAACAAGGGUUUUGCCACCAAGUACUAAGUCAUGUUUUGCAGAGGGGUCAAAUACUUAUUUCCCUCAUUAAAAUACAAAUAAAUUUAUAACAUUUUUAACAUGCGUUUUUCUGGAUUUUUUUGUUGUUAUUCUGUCUCUCACUGUUCAAAUAAACCUACCAUUAUAAUUAUAGACUGAUCAUGUCUUUGUCAGUGGGCAAACGUACAAAAUCAGCAGGGGAUCAAAUACUUUUUUCCCUCACUGUAUGUGUUAGUUCUGUUUUGUGAACCAUAAUGACUCUUGCUGCAUCACUCAUCCAAGCUUAGCAUCAGAGAACAAUAUUGCCUUUGCGAAAGUAAAGUAACUCAAUUAAGUCAUCGUCAUGCUUAGAUUUAUUUGUAUUUAGACCGUUUAUCUAUAGGGAUACUAAGAUUCUGUACGUGCUUCCACAGAUGGAGACUGCAAAGAAAACAUACCACAUGGCGUGUAAGGAGGAGAAACUGGCCGCCACCCGAGAGGCAGAUGGGAAGACACAAGCCUCCGUCACAACAGACCAGCAGAAGAAACUCCACGAGAAAACAGACAAGUGCAAACACGACGUGCAGAAGGUGAGACAGAGAGGCUCAGGGUCUGACAAAUGGAAGAUAGAGCAACAAAAUGACAUGACAACCUUUUCUGUACAAAUGUAUGAAAAGGUAAGAUUUCGAGCAGAAUUUACAACAUGCCAUUUGACAUUCUCCAUAUCAAACAGGAGAAAAUUCCAUGUUAUCUAGUGUCAUUCCCACUGUUUUAAAAUAUAUAUAGUGCUAGUAACACCAUGGUGAGUGUGUGUGUUAUUGCAGUAUACUAAGUACAUUAGUCUGUUAGUGGCUCAAGUGAAAUAAAGCUGUGAAAAAUAGAAUGAAUGCAGGACUAUUUAAGACAACUCAGUGUGGCAGAUUACCGUGGUGAUCAGACAGGACAUAAUCCAUAAAGGUGGAUCUCCCACUCUAUUCACGGAGCCCUGGUAACGAGAACAGCACAUUACUCUGGGCCAGGGAGAGUAAGGUGCUUACAGUAUACACACACGGUGUACGGAUGCAGGUUGUUUUCUAUUCAACCUAGUGUGCAAAAUGUCUAGUUGUAAUGAUGUCAUAAUGACAUCAUUGCAGCAAGAUAUGCCUGCUGGCAAGCCCUAAACUCACUUGUGUGCACUCGUCAUAAUGGGAAUGCAAAAGUGACAAAACAGAAAUGUUUGCACUGCCUAUCAUUGAUUAUAAUCAUACAUUACACCUAUCUGCAGUAGCAUAGCUCUUCUUACAAGACCUCUUGUGGAUGAAAUACACUGUGUCCAACUCCUCAUGUUGUCCUUAUCAUCCCCCAGGCUGAGGAGAAGUAUGAGAAGUCUGUCAGAGCUGAUGUUGUCCUUAUCAUCCCCCAGGCUAAGGAGAAGUAUGAGAAGUCUCUGUCUGAGCUGAGUGCUGUCACGCCCCCAUACCAGGAGAGCAUGGAGCAGGUGUUUGACCAGUGCCAGCAGCACGAGGUCAAAAGGCUCACCUUCCUCAAGGAGAUCCUGCUGGACAUCAAACGUCACCUCAAUCUCACUGAGAACCAAAGGUCAAUGACAGGUGUUAUCCUCUGUCGUCCCAUACAUACUGUAGUCCAUCCUGCUGUAUUAAAUCACCUCCAUCAACCUUUCCUCCCACAUGGCUUUUGAAUGAAACGGUUAUAGAGGGAAAACAUGUCUGUGUUCAAUUUCAGUUGGUACAGUACGUAUACAUAUGUAAUUAUUAUCGACUUGGAGUCAUCUACACAACAGCAAAUCUGCCUUGAAAAAUUUUUCUACAUUAGUGUAUCUAAUACAGUCAAAAUACCUUCAUUACAGUAUUGAUCUCUUCUGUAAGCGCUCGUCUACAUUCCUUCUUGUUAUUAGUCGAGUCUAUGGAUUAGUUGAAAUAUUACAUUCAGAGGGAAUUUACUCCCAAUGUGCUUAUGAUGUUGCUUUCAUUACAGUUCCUUUCAAAUAGAUUAAUUUCAACACAUUUCAGUCUUUCAGAGUCACAACACCAAUUAUGCCAAUGAUGCAGUUAAUGACAUUUCAGCCAUAUUGUAUCAUGUCAAAGUGAACGCUUGUCAUAUUCUUGACUGUGGAUCAAAUUGCAUGUGAUACAAAGCCAGGUUCCAUGGUGAUUGGAAUAAGGAGUUAAUUCAAGCUGUUUCCUGGACGCAUGGUCUUGGUUUAUGAUCAAAAUGGAGGAUGAGUGUAGGCUUUUAAAGUGUGGUGUGGAGUACUAACACAGGCCUUUCGGACCACAGUAUUGGUGAUACAUAAAUCAACCAUAGACAGGGUUAUGGUAAGCUAAUAACUAGAAACCCAGGCCUCAGCUCCCUCUAAUACAGUCAUGCAAAUGCAGAAAGUGUCCCAGUGACAGCAGUGAAAGGAGGAAAAUCACUUGUAACUUUUAUGUGCUGUGGUGCAUCGUGCAUUAUAGCAUCUUACUCCUCAAUUCUUGGCAUUAUCACCAUGAAAUGUCUUAAUUUGUAGGCUUGACUGUCAGGUAUUCUGUUGCGACUCCCUCUCAUAACUCACUACGCCAAUUUGAAUGCAAAUGUAUGUCUGUGUUCUGUGUAGCUUCACCUCAUGCUAUGAAUUGACCGAAUGGCCUUGUCUUUCAACCAUUCCACCCUGUUGUUCUGAGUACUGGAGCUUCAUAAACAACUAGAAACCCUCCAGGAAAACAGCACCAUCAGCGCUGGACAGUUGGCACUGGCAGCCCUACUGUGUUACUUAAGCAAUAAGGCCCGUGGAGGUGUGGUAUAUAGCAAAUAUACCAUGGCUAAGAGCUGUUCUUAGGCACUGGUUACCAACGUAAUUAGAGUAGUAAAAAGAAAUGUUUUGGCAUACCCAUGGUAUACGGUCUGAUAUACCACGGCUGUCAGCCAAUCAGCAUUCAGGGCUCGAACCACCCAGUUUAUAAUGUCUCUUAUAAACUGGGUGGUUCAAUCCCUCUAAUUACGUUGGUAACCAGUUUAUAUAGCAAUAAGGCACCUCGGGGGUUUGUGGUAUAUGACCAAUAUACCACGGCUAAGGGCUGUAUCCAGGCACUCCACGUUGUGUCGUGCAACCCCGUCCGUCUGGCCUUAUUGCUUAAUUAAACAGGCUCCCUCUCUCUCUGCGUGUCACAAUGUGCUCUCUGUCCUCCUCUCCCCAGCUAUGGCACGGUAUACAGAGAACUGGAGCGCACCAUCCUGGGUGCCAACACACAGGAGGACCUGCAGUGGUUCAGCAACCACCAUGGCCCAGGCAUGCAUAUGAACUGGCCAAUGUUUGAGGUACUGCGGCCUAUAUACUCUGCAUUUCAUCCAUAUACAGUGAGGGAAAAAAGUAUUUGAUCCCCUGCUGAUUUUGUACGUUUGCCCACUGACAAAGACAUGAUCAGUCUAUAAUUUUAAUGGUAGGUUUAUUUGAAUAGUGAGAGACAGAAAAACGCAUGUCAAAAAUGUUCUAAAUUGAUUUGCAUUUUAAUGAGGGAAAUAAGUAUUUGACCCCCUCUCAAUCAGAAAGAUUUCUGGCUCCCAGGUGUCUUUUAUACAGGUAACAAACUGAGAUUAGGAGCACACUCUUAAAGGGAGUGCUCCUAAUCUCAGCUUGUUACCUGUAUAAAAGACACCUGUCCACAGAAGCAAUCAAUCAAUCAGAUUCCAAACUCUCCACCAUGGCCAAGACCAAAGAGCUCUCCAAGGAUUGUAGACCUACACAAGGCUGGAAUGGGCUACAAGACCAUCGCCAAGCAGCUUGGUGAGAAGGUGACAACAGUUGGUGCGAUUAUUCGCAAAUGGAAGAAACACAAAAUAACUGUCAAUCUCCCUCGGCCUGGGGCUCCAUGCAAUGAUCAUGAGAACGGUGAGGAAUCAGCCCAGAACUACACGGGAGGAUCUUGUCAAUGAUCUCAAGGCAGCUGGGACCAUAGUCAACAAGAAAACAAUUGGUAACACACUACGCCGUGAAGGACUGAAAUCCUGCAGCGCCUGCAAGGUCCCCUUGCUCAAGAAAGCACAUAUACAUGGCCGUCUGAAGUUUGCCAAUGAACAUCUGAAUGAUUCAGAGGAGAACUGGGUGAAAGUGUUGUGGUCAGAUGAGACCAAAAUCGAGCUCUUUGGCAUCAACUCAACUCGCUGUGUUUGGAGGAGGAGGAAUGCUGCCUAUGAACCCCAAGAACACCAUCCCCACCGUCAAACAUGGAGGUGGAAACAUUAUGUUUUGGGGGUGUUUUUCUGCUAAGGGGACAGGACAACUUCACCGCAUCAAAGGGACGAUGGACGGGGCCAUGUACCGUCAAAUCUUGGGUGAGAAUCUCCUUCCCUCAGCCAGGGCAUUGAAAAUGGGUCGUGGAUGGGUAUUCCAGCAUGACAAUGACCCAAAACACACGGCCAAGGCAACAAAGGAGUGGCUCAAGAAGAAGCACAUGAAGGUCCUGGAGUGGCCUAGCCAGUCUCCAGACCUUAAUCCCAUAGAAAAUCUGUGGAGGGAGCUGAACGUUUGAGUUGCCAAACGUCAGCCUCGAAACCUUAAUGACUUGGAGAAGAUCUGCAAAGAGGAGUGGGACAAAACCCUCCUGAGAUGUGUGCAAACCUGGUGGCCAACUACAAGAAACGUCUGACCUCUGAUUGCCAACAAGGGUUUUGCCACCAAGUACUAAGUCAUGUUUUGCAGAGGGGUCAAAUACUUAUUUCCCUCAUUAAAAUGCUAAUCAAUUUAUAAAAAUUUUGACAUGCGUUUUUCUGGAUUUUUUUGUUGUUAUUCUGUCUCUCACUGUUCAAAUAAACCUACCAUUAAAAUUAUAGACUGAUCAUGUCUUUGUCAGUGUGCAAACGUACAAAAUCAUCAGGGGAUCAAAUACUUUUUUCCCUCACUGUACUUGCUUUUCAGGAUUAUUUACAACAACAUGGAACAAAGGUUCAGGUAUUUUUUUAUUAAUUUCCCCCCAGAUGCAAGUAUUGCUUUUUGAUAAGACUUCUUAAUACAGGCCAUUGGCCAGAUCUGAGGCUCUGCUUCAGUAAAGACUUUCAGAAGUAUUUAUCCUCUGCUCUGCCCUCCAGGAGUACAACCCAGAUGCCACUGCUGCUGUUGUUAAGAGGGAGAAGGUGCAGAAGCCGGCUGGGGCCCCACCGACCCCCAGCACUGACCAUGUGGCUCCACCUGGAGACCGUGGCAGGUGAGAGGACCACUCCACUGGUCAAACUACUACUGACAAACACAUACACACACACAAUGACAUGCCAGGGUUCAUCGAUAUCUCUCAUGAUGCCAUAUCAUUUGUUUUUCUGUCUUCCUUCAAUUGAUCAGCAUCAGCGCUGAUCAUGUGGCACCACCUGGUGACCGUGGCAGGUGAGAGGUCCAAAACACUGAUCAAACACCGCUGCCACACACAACUGCUACUGCCACACACCUGCUACUACCACACACACCUCCUACUUCCACACACCAUCUACCGCCACACACCAGCUACUGCCACACACCUGCUACUGCCACACACCAGCUACUGCCACACCUGCUACUGCCACACACCAGCUACUGCCACACCUGCUACUGCCAUACACCAGCUACUGCCACACACCUGCUACUGCCACACACCUUCUACUGCCGCACACCUGCUACUGCCGCACACCUGCUACUGCCACACACAUCUGCUACUGCCACACACAUGCAACUGCCACACAUCUACUACUGCCACGCACACCUACUACUGCCACACACCUGCUACUGCCACACACACCUGCCACUGCCACACACAUGCUACUGCCACACACUUGCUACUGCCACACACCAGCUACUGCCACACCUCCUACUGCCACACACCAGCUACUGCCACACCAGCUACUGCCAUACACCAGCUACUGCCACACACCAUCUACCGCCACACACCAGCUACUGCCACACACCUGCUACUGCCACACACCUGCUACUGCCACACACCUGCUACUGCCACACACACAUGCUACUGCCACACACCUGCUACUGCCACACACAUCAGCUACUGCCACACACACCAGCUACUGCCACACACCAGCUACUGCCACACCGGGACCUCCCUAGUCCAACCAUUUAAAUGGUAUCAUACACCCUGGGAUCUAACAUGAUGCCAUGCUUUUUUUUUGCAGUCUCCAUAUAAUUAACUGGAUUGAUAUUGAUUAUUUAUGUAUUUCAUUAAAUCUGUUAAUAACAGUUGCUCUAGUCUACGGUACAGUAAUGUUUGUAUUUUUGAUAAAAUUCUCCCAAUCAAACCCCUGUAUCUUCCCUAACUCUUCCAUUGCAGUGUGAGCAGCUAUGAAAAGAACCAGGCCUACUCCACUGAGUGGUCCGAUGACGAUGCGCCUGCAGCCUACUCAGGCGGUGAGACCAACGGGGGUGGAAAUGGAAACUCCUUCGAGGAAGACUCUGGCAGCGCAGGGAAAGGGGGUGCUGGGACCGGGACCACGUCCGGGGUCCGAGUGCGUGCUCUGUAUGAUUAUGACGGACAGGAACAAGAUGAGCUCACCUUCAAAGCUGGUAAGCAACGACAUCACUUCACCAUCUUUGCUGUCUCUUCAUUUGGCUACAAUGUAUUUGCAGCUAAACCCUAUUCUUGGCCCUAAGAAUUGAGUCCAACAGUGCAAGCCAAGCUCUGUAACCGACACUAUCAGUAUCACAUGGUGUAUCAUGGACAAGCUGACUUGAUAGGGGGGUGGAGAUGAGGUCACAGGAAAUGUCCCGCUAUCUCUGUGCAUCCCAUUUCGAAGCCCCUCUAUUCCCAGAGGAAGAUAAUAGUGGUUAGUCAAUAAUGGCCACAUUCCACUUCCUUCAAUUACAGGCACCAGCUAGUCAUUAGCAAUUGUCUUCUGAAUGUUCCUAUGUUAGAUGGUGUUAGUAGGGCCUUCAUAACCACAUGAUGCACAUCCUGCCUGAUCUUUGCUAAUAGUGACGUGAUAAAGAAAACAAUGAAGGUACUAUUGACAAUAAUGUUGUUCAGUCAUGGAAAGAGCAUAGAAUGCAUAUUGAUUAAGGAGUAAUGUACAUAUGUUCUUCACAGGUGAUGAACUGACCAAAACUGAGGAUGAAGAUGACCAAGGCUGGUGUAGAGGUCGCCUGGAUACAGGCCGAGAGGGACUGUACCCGGCUAAUUACGUCGAGGAGAUCUAA